AUGCCAAAGGAACCAUCAAUAUCCCAGGUAAAAAGAGUGCAGCGAGCAUCUAUAGAUGCCUACUUCGCGAAGAAACCAGGGGCGCGUUCUGUCAGUACAACUGUUAAAUCUGCUGUGAAGGAGGAGGCGGACGCAUCUUCGAGUAAAGCUGAAGAGGAUGUCUCACCCGUACCAGAAUGUCCUCCAGCAGCGGCUCUUGCAGAAGCCACCAUGGAUACUCUUGAAGAGGCUACCAUGGGAAGAAGUUGGUACGAAGCCCUGAAGAAAGAGUUCACCAAGCCUUACUUCGUUAAACUUAAGAAGGACUUAGCGGCUGAGCAAGCUAGCCAUACCAUAUACCCGGCGCUUCCCAACAUAUAUUCCUGGUCGAGAUUCACUCCGUUGGACUCGGUCAAAGUUGUAAUCUUGGGCCAGGAUCCUUACCAUAACGUGGGCCAAGCGCACGGGUUGUCGUUCUCGGUACUUCCUCCAACGGCUUUGCCCGGGUCGUUGCGCAAUAUAUACAAACAAAUGGCUGACGAUAUCCCUGGGUUCAAGCCACCAACUUCUGGGGACUUGUCGCCACUAGCGAAACAAGGUGUUCUAUGGCUAAAUACAAGUCUCACAGUGCGAGCGCAUGCAGCUGGCUCUCACUCUAAGCUGGGAUGGAGCACUUUUACGGCUGAAGUUAUUCGUGCCGUUAUAUCUAGGAAAUCGUGUCAGGGUGUUGUCUUCCUGGCGUGGGGUCUACCUGCGCAGAAGACCUGCCAAUCUAUCGGAAUUGACAAGGUCAAGCAUCUCGUGUUGAAAUCCGCGCAUCCGUCACCUUUAUCUGCGCAUCGCGGGUUCCUCGGUAACGGUCAUUUCGCGAAGGCCAACAAAUGGCUUAGCGAGAGGUACGGCGAAGACGGCGUUGUCGACUGGGCUGUACUUUGCCGAUCAUGA